AUGCGUGCAGAGCCUCCAAUAGAAACUAUGGGGGAGAAAAGCGAGGCAAGCUGGAACAUCCCCGUGCUGCUUCGGGGGCGGCUGUGCCCCCCCUCCCGGAGCCAGACGUGGGACCAGCGCAGCACAGGAAUCGCCUGUCCCCUCUCACCCCUCUCCCUGUCCCCGCAGGUCCCGUUUGGUGAAACCCGGCACGUCCGCGAGUGGCUGGGUGUCAGCGGCGAGGUGGGGAAACCACCAUCAGAGCACCCCAAGCGUCCGGUGUUGGGUCUGACCUGCAAGAGGGCAGAGGUGAGCGGCACCCGUUUCUGGGGGCUGGUUCGGACCCUCUGCCCGGACCCCCACGUCUUUUUUCGUCACUGCUUCGUCCACAAUCAUUGCCCCCUCCUCUUCCUCGCCUCCAGCGGUCGCAACCUGGCUCCGAGCGAGCUGCCCCCCGCCCAACGUGUCCAACUGAUGGGGCUUUGUGACCGGGCUCUGGCACGGGCCGUGGGGCUGCUGGGGGUGCAGAUGGUGGUGGGCGUUGGGCGUUUUGCUGAGCAAAGAGCUCGCAGGGCUUUGGCUGCUGCCGGAGUGACCGUAAGGAUCGAAGGCUUCCCGCAUCCUUCGCCCCGCAGCGCCCGCGCCAAUAAGGGCUGGGAGGAGCAGGCGAGGGCGAGGCUGGGGGAGCUGGGGGUGCUGGAGCUGUUUCGGGAGGAGGGGGGGUCGCCAGGCGGAUCCGAGAGGCCGUUGGUCAUAAAGGAGGAGGUGGAGGAGGAUUAGAGAGGGUCCGUGCCUCAGUUUCCCCUCUG